UUUAUUGAAAGUGUGUCAUAUUUGUAGUCGAAAUGUAACAUACAUUUAGAAUUUGGUGCCUAUUUGACAGAGAAAAGGGUUGUUUGUAGUCUCACUCCCUCAACAAAGACAUUGCACUUCCUUCUUUCAAUGAUGCAAAAUGAUGAUUUUUACAUCAUUGAAAGAAGGAAGUGCAACACUGAAAUCUGUAUUUCUCCUGUCUCAGCGGCAACUGAGGAAAUGAUGCAUGACCAUUCAAAAACAUGACUGGGGUUCUAACUAUACAAAGCUUAAUGCAAAUGGGUGAAGUCAUCUUCUAUGAGGACAGGAACUUUCAGGGUCGCUCUUAUGAGUGUAUGAGCGACUGUACUGACAUGUCCUCCUAUCUGAGCCGCUGUCACUCCUGUAGAGUAGAGAGCGGAUGCUUCAUGAUGUACGAUCAUCCAAACUACAUGGGACACCAGUAUUUCUUUAAGAGGGGCGAGUAUGCCGAUUACAUGUCUAUGUUUGGAAUGAGCAACUGGAUCAGAUCCUGCCGCAUGAUCCCCAUGCACAGAGGAUCCUACAGAAUGAGGAUCUAUGAGAGGGAGAACUUCAUGGGUCAGAUGUACGAGAUGAUGGACGACUGUGACAACAUCAUGGACCGCUACCGCAUGUCUCAGUGUCAGUCCUGUCAUGUGAUGGACGGUCACUGGCUCAUGUAUGAGCAGCCUCACUACAGAGGCAGGAUGUGGUACGUCAGGCCUGGAGAGUACAGGAACUUCAGCAAUAUGGGUGGCAUGAGAUUCAUGAGCAUGAGGCGUAUCAUGGAUUCCUGGUAUUAG